CCAACUUUUUUUUGUCGCUCUGCUCUGAAACGAAAUGUUUCUAUCACGGCAAUGAGGUUAGGCGUGUUAGAGAUAUGAAAUUCCCCCCCAAUUUUCCUCAAAGACACAUCCCACUUUUUCUCUCAAUGAAGGCUUUCACACAGGGUGAAUGAUUUUCCGCAUAACCAUUGAUUGAAAAGUUGUACUGCUGGAUGAUAAAUGCUGCCAUCCAAUUCAUUGGAUGCUCAUUGUCUUCUUGCUCUGCCUCCUGCCUGCCCUAUCAAGCGGUAGUGCAAGGUGUGCAUCUCGGCCUCUUGGCUUCGUCUCUUCUGGAAUUCGCCUUCUUUUGGUUCCUUCCAGAUGGCGAGUCAGUCUUUCCCUCUUCUCUCCUCUUCCCGUUGGGAUGUCUUGUCUUGUUUGGCAAUCUCCCUCGAGGAUUCGUCCUCUUUUCUGGAUUGGUGCUAGAGGCAUGGGCAUUAUGACCCGGCUCUGUGUUUCCAGUCUGGAUGUAGAUCGACCGUAGCUGUAGGGUCGUAGCAGACGCGAAUUGAUCGGAU